AGUGUAUCAUUGUAUCCUUUAGCGACAGCUUGACAUUCGCCAUCCUAUAUCUGAUAUGAAAAUGUAAACAAGUAUGUCAAAGCGAAACUACGCGUUGUAUAGGUGUGAUGCUUUGUAAGUAUGGAUUUACGUUCAUCAUUGUUUUGGAUCUGUUUUGCCGCCGGAAUGGAACGGAACAUGAGCAGAAAGGUGGUCGGAUCCUGAUACUGGGUGCUGGUAUUUCCGGUAUAACCGCUGCAAAGACGCUCCACGAGGCCGGGCACCAGAACUUCCGGAUUAUUGAGGCUUCCGGUCGCCUAGGGGGCCGCAUCCACGAGGCGACCCUCGGGAGCCAUACCGUGGAACUCGGGGCCAUGUGGAUUUACGGAAAGGGGUCAAACCCUCUCUAUGACCUCGCUAUGAAAUACAACAUCUCCCUUGUUGGAAGUGCCGUCGACGACUGGACGGUAAGGGAUGAAAACGGAUAUGACGUCACUGAUAACGCUAACGUCGCCUUAGCCAAUAUCACAAAUGUUUUGAAACAGUUCAACGCCCACGGAACACACUCUAAAGUCACAAGAUCGCCUGAUUUCAACGUGCAAUCGGGGCUACGUCACUUCGAAUGGCGUCCAAAAUCGCCGGUUGAUGACGUCGUGGAAACGUUUGUCCUUGACUUUGAAGUCGGCGCAGGUCCGGACGUUUUGUCUGGAUCCAAUCUCAACAUGAACGAAACUUACGAAGAUUUCGGAAAUUUCGAAAUGCUCGCUGUAAAAGACCCUCAGGGAUUUGCCUCAAUUGUUCGAAAAUUACAUGACGACAUUCUUGACCAAGAUGACUUUCGAGUGGAGUACGAUAAAACUGUUGUCAGCAUAGAUCAAAGCGGAAGUGACGUCACGGUUUUAACUGCUGAUGGAGAAUCGUACACAGCAGACUAUGCGAUAGUGACCUUUAGUCUUGGCGUGCUCCAGGAAAGAAAAGUCAGAUUUACACCAGAAUUAUCGAAAUCCAAAAUGCUUGCCAUUGACAAAUUUGCUAUCAACAAAUACACUCACAUUUACGUAAGGUAUCAGGGAGCAUUUUGGGAUGACACCUUAUUCAUAUUAUUCGCAUCAAAGUUACGCGGGCGUUUCAGCUGUUGGCUCAAUAUGAACUCAAUUUAUCCAGAGAGUAACAUUCUGCAGUUAUCCCUAUUUGGCCAAGACUCCACUUGGGCCGACCGGUCCACGGAUAGGGACAUUCUAGCGGAAAUGCAGCGGACCCUUAAAACCAUGUACCCUAAUAUAACCAUUCCGGAACCCCUGGAUUUCAAGAUCUCAAGAUGGAAUACCGACCCUUUGUUUAUGGGAGCAUUCAGCUACUGGCCUGCCACUUUUACGGAACAGGAUAUGACGUCACUUCGAAAACCGGAAGGGAGAAUAUUUUUCUCUGGGGAGCACCUGCAUUCCUUACACUACGGAUUCGCUCACGGCGCUUACAUAGUUGCUCAAAGUGUCGCCCGCGAUGUUAUGGAGUGCGUUAAAAAUGGACACGCCGAGUGUACAUGUUCAUUUGACCUUGAUCUUGACACUCAAGACCACUGCCACAAACAGCAAUGCAAUGCAACGAAACAUUGUUUCUUAAAUUAUAAAUAUCAUUACCUAUAUGAUGUUCAUUUGACGUUCUGGUGUAUGGGUGUGGUUAUAGUGACGAUGGUGUCAACCUCAGUUCUUCACUUGUCAGGGGCUUCUGACUCAAUCAUUGCGGUUUAUUGAGAACAUGACACAAAUAACUGCAUACUUCGAUUGUUUAAUACAAAUCAAUUGCAUUAACUCAUAACAAAUUAUAUGUUUUACCGAGAAUCGUGCAUUGUCAUGAUGUUUUACAUUCACUUGGCGCCUUAUCUGUAUUCAUGUCUUGAAAAAAACAAUUGAAUCGGCAAAUAAAAUGUAAUUUUCAGUGA